CCAAUUCACCACAAAAUAAACCAACCACAAUUCUCUCAUCAAUCUCAACAUUUUCUUUCUUUUACCUCUCUUUUUCCCAACAAUAAUGGCUCCAAUCAGAAUGAGGCUUUUUUCGACUUUGGUCGUCGCAGUGAUGGCUGUGUCCGCCAUCCAAAAUGUGGCUGCAGCCGAUGCACCGGCUCCUAGCCCUACAUCCGAUGCCACCGCCUUUGUUCCCGCCGUAUUUGCAUCCCUUGGAGCUCUUGCAAUGGGAAUUCUCUUUUGAUUUAAAUUGUUUUGCUUCGUUUUUUUCAAUGUAAAUGAUGAGUUUUUUUUAACUCGUUUUAUUUUUAUUUUGAUUGAUUUUUUUAGUGACAUCAUGGGGUGUCACACAACACAUUCAUCUUGUAAUAUUUAAUUUUUCAAUAUAUGAAUUAUUGUAUUGUUUGAUUGUCAACUUUAUGAGGAGUGUUUGAUUUGUUAA